CUACUGUUGUGACUCUUUUGUUGCUGAAGGGUCUUAAACAAAAGAAAUCAUUGAUGAUAUUGACUUCUACUAUGUGUGGGCGCGUAUAUAUAGGGAACCAUACAGAGCUAGUUUUUGUUGUGGCCCAGAAUUAAAACUCAGAUACAGUGCUGUCGAGAGAGAGAUGAGGAACAGUAUUCAUGAGGUGCGUUUGAACUGUGGCAUUACAAUGCCUGUCAUGGGAUUUGGCACUUUUUCCUUCGAAAAUGAUCGGGAGACAACAGAGAAAGCCAUCCAUAUGGCCCUCAAGAUGGGCUACAGGCAUUUUGAUACAGCAAGGAUAUAUGGUUCGGAGCCAGCGGUGGGAAAUGCUUUAACAGAAGCAAUUCUCGAUCGGACAGUAGAGAGAGAAGAUAUUUUUGUUACGUCUAAACUGUGGGGGAGUGAUCACCAUAAUCCUGUUUCAGCACUCCAGAAAACUCUACAGAAGAUGAGCAUGGAAUAUGUGGACAUGUAUCUGGUUCACUGGCCAGUCAAGUUAAAGCCAUGGGUUUCUUAUGCAAUCCCAAAAGAGGAGGACUUUGAAGAAUUGGACAUGGAGUCCACCUGGGCUGGGAUGGAGAAGUGCCUGGACAUGGGGUUGUGCAGGUGCAUUGGUGUCAGCAAUUUCUCCAGCAAGAAGAUCCAAGGGCUUCUUGAUUUUGCUUCUGUACCACCGGCCGUCAAUCAGGUGGAAAUGCAUCCGAUGUGGAGGCAAAGCAAGCUCCGAGAGACCUGUGCAGACGACAAAAUCCACGUAAGUGCCUAUUCACCACUCGGCGCGCCCGGUAAUGCAUGGGGAUCGACAGCUGUGGUAGAUAACCCAAUUAUUCAAUCCAUUGCUCUCAAGCACAAAGCAACCCCAGCUCAGGUUGCUCUGAAAUGGGGAUUAUGGAAAGGAUCAAGUGUAAUAGUCAAGAGCUUUAAUCAGCAUCGGAUGAAGGACAACAUGGGGUCCUUUGAUCUGAAGUUGGACGAUCAAGAUUUCCUUCAAAUUGACAAGUUGGAAGAGUGGAAGAUCAUGAGAGGGGAGUUCCUUGUUAAUGAAACAACAAGCCCAUACAGGAAGAUUCAGGAUCUGUGGGAUGGUGAAAUUUAAGUAAAACUACAAUAUAGCACACCCAUUUGCAAUGUAUGACUGCCAAAAAUCAACCCCACUAUUUCUUUAUGUAUAUUUUUGUUUCUGCGAUCAAGUGUGUCAUGGCCUUCA